CCUGCCGGGGCGGCGAGUGCUGACUCUCGCCCCCGUGCAGGUACAUCCCAGAAGGCCGGGGAAGAGCGCGCUUCCACACCAGCAGCCUGGACCUGGGCACCCCUGGACCGUCUGUCCCCAUGCCGGACCCCGAGGAGGGUCACUCGCCCCAGCCACCUGACUCAACUCUCAUCUACAGCAACAUGGGAGAGGUGCGGGCACAUCUCGUUCCCACCAAGGCCAGCCGAAAGGAAGGAGCCGGGAGACCCCCCUCUCAGACUGGCCAGGACCCCCUACCUCCCCCAUUGCCGAAAAAGCAGCUCCAGCGAGCGGAGUCCCUCCCGGAGCAGGGGCUGGCCUGUCGCUCUUGGGAUGACACCCCACCACGCACCAGCAGCGGCUUCUACAGCAUCCCACCAUCCCAUCCAAGGCAUGAGGAGGGAGCUGGCAGCUCCAACCCAUUGCAGGAUAGACCCUGCUGGGGACCCAAGAGGCCCCUGACCAAGUCCCAAAGCCUGGGGGCACCCGUGACCCAGAGCAGCCUGCAGAAAGGCAGCCUGGUCCCAUCUCCCAGCCCAGCAGAGCUGACGUUCUCGACCCCUGACGGGGAGCUCGGAUGCCUCUUCCAGGUCCUGGAGAGGAGAGCUGAGGUGUGUGAGGUGGUGGUGGGGUGCCAGUGGGCGUCUCUGGCCCGGCUCUCGGCCAACAUCCAGGAGGGUCUCCUGGGAAAGGAGGACCAGCAGCAACUACUGAGAGCAGAGCUGGCAGGGAAGAAAUGGGCAGAUCUCAAGAUCCUGGAGAAGGACCCAUGUUGCGAAUCAGGGGACGCCUGGUACUUCCGAGUCGUCUUUGCCUUUGAGCAAGCCCAGCUGGUAUUUGCAGCAAAGCUAGCAGCCUGUCCAGGGAUGUUCUACAUGGAAAUGGCCCAGAGGACACAUCAAGAAGAACAUCACUGGGGAAAUUGCCCUGAUGAGAGGCCUCAGAGGGUCCUCAAGUCGCAUUCCUGUAGUCUGGCUGUGCACACCUCCCUUGGGGUGCACUGCAACAUCCAGCAAGUGAUCGGCCACUUCACUGACUCCCUCCCUCAGGAGCUUGCCCUCCUAAGAAACGCCAGGAAGCACAGUCAGUCCCAGUCCAGAGAAGAGGACACAGCCCUCCUUGGUUCCCCUCCUGUCCUGCAGGUUCUCAUUUCUCCUGAGGUUCCCUACCAGACCUUGGCAGACUUUGUGAAGGAAUCUCACAAUGUUCACAGGACCAGCCCCGGCCACUACGAGCGCUUGGCUUGCCUCCUCCUUCUGCAGGUGUGCACAGGGUUGGAACACCUCAAGAUGCAAAACGCUGGUCAGGGAGAUAUCUGCCCAGAGAACCUGCUGUUACUGCAGUGCCCACGUCCUUCCCUGAUCCAGCAAGGCAAAGAGACAUCCCUGGGGCUCUCCCUUCCGAGGCUACUCAUCAGCAACUUCUUCAAGGCUAAAGAAAAGAGAAGACCUUGUUCUACAACCCAAGAGCAAGACUGGACUGAAGGGUUUUCUGCACCUCCCUCCCCAGUGGCAGAUGAGCUGAAUGUAGGCAUGCUAAUCUAUACACUCUUGCAUGUAGACAUCUCCUUGGAAAAUGCCUUGGGCCUCGGAAGAAAAAGGCUUCCAGAAAUCCCAUCCCUGUCUAUUUAUUCCACAGGACUUAAACGUUUGGCAGUGUUGCUUCUUCACAGAGAUCCCUGCAAGAGGGUCUCUGUAGAACAGGCAAAGAACAUCCUACAGGUCCUGCUUUGGGGGCCUCGUCAGGAGCUCUUUGCCAGGAGUAAGAAGACACUUGUUUUGCUCCGGAGCUGGAUGGACAUCAAGAGAGCCCUGCUGCUGCUAAAGUUUGCAGAGAAGAUGGCUGGUGUUGGGGGGAGCCCUAGCCUCGAGGAGUUGCUGUGCUGCCAGUACUUUAAAGAGGUCACUGAACAUACAAUCUACCAAGUCACCCAGGAUCUCUACAAUCCCUGAAGUCUGGAGGGUUUAUGCAUUGAACUCUUGGAGUCUUUCAUCCUCUUCAUCCUCUUGUUCUUCCAAAGAAGAGACAGAGUCAUUGAAGUCAGAAGACCAGGCAUUCCCCUGACCACUGAGGAUGAAGGUGUUGUGUGCUUGGGAGAUCCCCCUGGAGGUUACCUAAAGACAAGCUAAAGCUUCACCUGCUCAAGAGACCUCCUGAAAGCCAAGAGUAUAUGGAGAAUGGGUGAGCCAGCCAAAUCCACCAGCCUCCUUCUCCCACAUGGAAACAAAGCUAGUACGGGUAGCUUGGCUGGGAAAACUCUAUUUUUAAAGCUCUGCACUGGGAUGCUGCUUCUUCUAUCGUUCAUUAAUGACAAUCCUAAGUAAGCUGGGACCAAACUCCUACCCUGUGUUACCUUGGCAAGGAGCUCCCACAAUAAAGGACAUUUUUUUGUUCCUUCAGACAAUUUUCAUUUGAUGCUACGAAUCCAGUUCAUCAGAGCAUCUCAGGAGAGAUGCCUUGAUGGAAGCCCCAGGGUCAAAUGCCAAUUAAGGGGCUGAUUAUCCUAAGUAGAGUUUACAGGGCUUCAUCUCUAGGCAAAAAAAAUCUCAGUUCUUCAGAUCCCUCCUCAUGUUCUACUUGUGAU